UCCUCAAAGGAAAACCCACAAGCUGCAACUUUGAAGUUUUGACAGAUUUCUGAGCUAGAUCUUUAAGACCAAGUGACUAAAACACUGCAAUGGAUCAGCACAAGAGUCACACGGUGGGUGUCCAGGAGAAGCUGGAGAUCGUUGGGGUGGAGGAUGAGGCCGGGAACCCCAUCAGCGCCUUGACCAUCCUGUCUCUGCUGGAGCGCGUGGCGGGUAUCAUCGAUAACGUCCAGUCCUGCCAGCACCGCAUGGAGGAGCGUCAGCUGGAGCUGGAGGACAACAUCAAGACCAUCCAGGGCGACGUCCUGAAGCUGGCCAAGAACCAUGCCGACACCAGUUGCACUGUGGACAAGCUCCUGCAGAAGACCCGCAAAGUCAGUGCCAAUGUCAAGGAGGUCCGGACACGUGUCGAGAAGCAAAACGUUCGAGUCAAGAAGGUCGAAUCCACGCAGGACGAGCUGCUCACACGCAACAAGUUCCGGGUCGUCAUCUAUCAGGGUGAAGCAGAGGUCCCAUCAGUGGCUGUCACCAAGUCUCCUAAAGACCCCAGUCUGGAGGGGCUGCAGAUCGAGCCCGACUGCUACGAUGCCCCCGCCGACCUCUCGUCCGAUGAGGAGUAUCUGAGCGUGGAUGAGGCUGACAGCUCACGAGCCGCUCGCCUCAAGAAAUCAGUCGUGAAGAGCACAGAGACCCUGAAGGCUGCCUUCUCCAAGGAGAGCAUGAGCAAAACCAAGGCGAACCUGGGCACCAAGUUCCACAACCUGGGCGAGAAGGUCAUGCCCCCUGAGCGGCGGGAGAAGAUGCACCAGGCCGGUGAGCGGCUGAAGCAGUCUGGUGAGCGGCUGAAGGAGAACAUCUCAAAGAAAGCUCCGUCAAAAGAGGCCUUCCACAUCAAGCUGAAGAAGGAGAGAGCUGUGGCUGAGGGCCAGGAGGGCGCCGAGGCCGACCCAAAGCUGCCUGCCCAGGCCGAGGAGGCACCAGUGCCCAGCCAGGGAGUCACCUACACUGAGGUCACCAUGGAAGCAAAGAGGGAGGUGCCUGUGGAGGAGGUCAGCGCCGUCCGGAUAAUAGAUGAUGAUUACAGCAAGUAGAUCGCACAGGACAGCGCUGACAUUAAGAGGA